GGACGUUUAUGCAUAUGAUUCACCGUUCUUUUAUUUCCACAAUGUUUGUAAAUUACCUGGGUGGGUCUGGUCCGUGGACGGUGCGUACGGCAGUUUCCAUUCUUAAUUGCUCAGGGAAUCUUUCUAUCCCAAGACUCGUGUGUCUACCCUUCUACUUCGCUGCUGCCCAGCACCGACCGUCGCAUUGCUUACCAAGGUAGCUGCAAUGUUUUGAUAACGUAAAUGGAGCGAACUGGGCAGGGGAGAUCGAACUUUUUGGUUUCUAUUGUAACCACCAUGUCCACUUACUACGCAAGCUCUACCGAGAGCGCAUCUCUUGAACUUGAAGCCUUUGUCAUGCUCGGUCAGCUGGAGCUUAUGAUGCGAGGUUCACGCAGGCCCGACACGACAGAUGUUGACAUCAAGGAAAUUAACGAAGCUAUCAAGGUCUACGUCGAAAAGAGAACAGAAUUGGACUCGGAUAGAUCGUUAGCCCAAUGGCACUUGGUUACCGAUUCCCAGAACGCGGUCAUCCAUACAUUGCAGCGUUUGCAUAAUGUUCGCAUAGUACACGGACACGCUCUCUGGGAUAUGCCUAUCAUGGAAACAGUGCGAGAAUCGGAUGCUAGUACGAAUACAAAAGACGUUCAAAGUACUGCACUGAAUGGACAGCAGGCACCGUCUGCUAUGCCUUCUAAUACGCUGCCACAGCUAAUGCCGGAGGAUCCCGAGUUGUCGAGCUCUGAUUUGUCAAGUUUGACGUUUAGCCUUCCCGAAGGCAGAAAACGUAUGACAGAGGACGAUUUAUGGGAAAAGGUUUUGUCGUAUCUUCCGCCACUGAAACAGCCGUCUGUCGAAUGGCUCACGAAGUUACGAGAUUUGGUAGCAGACCUGGAUCCUGCGAACAGGGACAAGGCUGCUGCAAAACUCGGGCCCGAACUUUGGAGUCAGCUAGUUUUCUUAAACGUACACCGUUGCCGUUCUCGCACGCUGGCAAAGACCAAAGUAUUGAAGACUAAAAUCUCAAGCUGGGACUUGAUUCCUACAGAAGCAGAAGCACCUGUAAGUAUCGAGAAAUUUGGAUGGGAUGAAGUUGGGCUGAUACUUUUUACUAGUGUCGGGCGUGCGGCGACAAAAUUCCGUGUCAAUGGACAAACUCGAAAGACCGCUUCAAAUGUCGGGAGUGUCGUUUGCAAGGUAGGUGCUGCACGUUUAGCGGAGAUGAUAAUAAGCAAAAGGGAGAGAAGCGCAAACGAGGCUCCGAGCCCUUAGAAACUGCACCUAUAAGAGUCUGGGAAGAUGCUACCCACGUCUAUACAACUCGGACUUGCAAGACAUCUAAUGGCACGGUCUACUUGAAAACCCAAAUCCGCCCGCUGCCAUCACCUAUCGUACCUGAUAUAUAAGACAAUUCUCUAUAACUAUACCUAUCUACCUUGCUACGGGAAUUUCUAGUCUAUAUGUGUAGUACCUCUAAGUAAAAAGUAAAAAUGCACUUUCGAGACUCGGCAUUUGC